AUGGCUCCCCCUGGCUCAGAAUAUACGAUACGAACUUCAAUCUACCCAGCCAUAGAGCCAAAUCAGUUUAAGGGGGUUUUCACGGGUAAAGUUGUUCUUGUAACGGGAUCCGGAAGGGGGAUUGGGCGAGAAAUUGCCCUAGCUUUUGCAAAAUGCGGAGCAGCAGUCGCCAUCACGGGGAGAACAGCGGACGAAGUUGAGCAGACGAGAAAAGAUGCAGAGUCUCUGGGGGCCAAAACAAUCGGAGUAGUUGCAGACGGUAGCAAGUCGGACGACUUGAAGCGCUUAGUUAAUCAGGUGACGGAGAGUCUGGGACCUGUGGACAUUCUCGUCUGCAACGCAGGCACAAACUGCUUCAUGCCAUUUCACAUGACCGAUGCAACAGACUGGUGGUCUCAGAUGGAAAUCAUGGUCAAAUCACCCGUAGAACUGACCCGACUUCUUCUCCCCGCCAUGCAAAGCAACAACUCCGGAACAAUCAUCUACACGUCUUCCCGCGCGGCUCAAGCUGACCUUCCCUGGACAACAGCCUACAACUGCGCCAAAACAUCCAUUACACGCUUUGCUGGGACUCUCCAAACGGAAAUGAACAUGCUACAGCCUACAGUGUUGGGCCAUGCGGACAACGGCAUUUCCGUGUUUUCAAUCCAUCCAGGAGAAGUCAGUACGAGGAUUCACGAGACCGGCUUCCCCGAGAAGACUAAGAGAGAGGCGCCGUAUGUGAUUGACAUGAUGGAUAAGUUGCACGCUGUCAGCCCGGAGUACGCUGUUGAGCUGCCUGCCUGGACUUGUAUUUAUCUUGCCGCAGGUAAAGGCAAAGGGCUCGAGGGAAGGAUGGUGGAUUGUACAAGGGAUGUGGAGGAAGUCAAAGCGAACGUGCUGGCGACUACGAGCCCUAGGUUUACAAAUUCUUGCUCUCCUCUAUAA